GGUUGCUUGGCAGCAGUUCGAACAAGCGAAACAGCGGAACAGACCGAUCGGCAGCGUCGUCUGCGAAUACAGUUGUCACCAGUGAAAAGUUUCUAUAAAACAGUUCCGCUUGAUGAAACAGGUGCAACUGAUACCGAAGCGCCGCUUAUGUCAGUGUCUGAGUGGCCGACAAGCAGCCUGUACGCGACUGAUGGCCCGCAUCUGCUGACCGAUUCGCUAAUUGUCAAUGCGGAAGAGGAAUCGGAGUUGGAUGCGAAUGAUGACAUGAAAGUAGGAUUUCCGAACAAAUAUUGA